UUCAGUACUCAGUAAUUGGUCGCAUUCGUCGACAAAAAUGUUGUGUACUGUACAUCUGUUUAAAAUUUUAUUUUAAUAAUAAAAACAAUAAAUGAUUUUAUCUGUGGAUUUACUAUUUUUUAUCAGACCAUGAGCUUUAGCUAAAAUUAGUCAUUUGUCUGAUGAGACUGAAAGUAGCAGACAUUAGACAUUUUUUAAAUUUUUUUAAACAAAUUAACUUUACCAAUUUCUUUGGCUGUCAAAAAAUUAUAAAAGAAUUUUUUUAUGAUACUGAAGUGAAUUAUUUACAAUUUAUAUGCAUAAGUUAAAAUAAUAAACGUUAGUGAUCCAUAAAUCAUCAUUUAAAUUGUAUGAGUUAAUGAUAAAUUACUGAUAAGCGACACCAGUGGUUCUGAUACCGCAAUAAUUAAAUGACUUUUAUUCAAAUAAAGUUACAGUUUUAAGUGCGAUUUUAAAACCCAGUGGUCAAAAUAAAAAGAACAAGGGAUCAAUGAUAAGAGAAAAUUGAUUUUAUUUGUAAAGACAUUUUUUGUCAGCAAUGAAAGACAAAGAAGAAAAAAGUAUUAAUUCAAAUAGCAAAAUGUCUGAAGAAACAUCAAAUCAUGAAGAAAUAAUAAUCGGAGGAAUUGAAGGAGGCGGCACUCAUUCUUCUUUGAUAAUAAUGGACGGCAAAGGAAAUCAACUGACGCAUAUCAAGGGCCCUGGCACCAAUCACUGGGGUUUGGGUAUAAAGGAAACUGCCUUGAGAAUCAAUAACAUGAUUUUAAAAGCUAAGGAAACUUUAAAUAUUCCUGAAUCUCGUCUUCUUGAUUGUGUCGGCUUGUGCUUGAGCGGCUGCGAGGAGGAAGAAACUAAUAAUCAGUUGGUGAAAACUCUACUGAAAGAAUUCCCGCAUGCUAGCAAAGAAUAUGUCGUCGGUUCAGACUCGAUGGGAAGUUUAAAAACUGGUUCUAAUUGCGGAGGUAUUGUUCUUAUAGCGGGAACGGGAAGUAAUGGUCUACUAAUUAAUUCAGAUGGUAGCACUCAUGGGUGUGGAGGCUGGGGUCACAUGAUUGGUGACGAAGGCGGAGCUUUCUGGAUAGCCCACAGAGCUUGCAAAUGUGUAUUUGAUGAUUUGGAUGGGCUACAAAAAGCUCCACACUCUACAGCCUUCGUUUGGACGGCGAUGAAAAAAUUUUUCCGAGUGAAUAAUCAAAACGAAAUGCUGCCACAUCUUUACUCCAAUUUUGAUAAAAGUAAAUUCGCCAUGUUCACUAAAGAACUUGUUGCUGGAUGUGAAAAAAAUGAUCCGCUCUGUGAAAGUUUUUUUACACAUGCUGGAGAAUAUCUUGCGCGAUAUGUAAAUACGCUGGCUGCUAAAGCGCACAAUGAUGUGAAAUUGGCGACUGGAGGCUUGAAGGUAAUCUGCGUUGGCUCAGUUUGGAAGUCAUGGAAUUUAAUGGAAAAAGGUUUCACGGAUGAAAUUAAAGGAGGACAUAUAGUUGAUGAAUUGACUUUGUUGAGAUUGAAAGCACCUUCGGCUAUUGGCGCUUGUUAUGUUGCCGGUGAAAAAAUAUCUUGUGAAAGUCUUGUUAAGACUCAUGAUAAAAAUUCCGAGGCUUUUUUUUACUACAAACGAGGAACUGAACCGAAGAAAGGAACUUCUGUUAUAGCUAUCGAUAAUUCUUGCGAAACACUUUGUGUUGCUGCGUCGUAAAAUAUAAUAAGUAAAAAGUAUAAGUAUAUAUUUACUUUGAUCUCGUAUAUAUUUUUGGAGUACUGGGAAUUAAAAAUAUUUAAAAAAUUUUACCGAAUUUUUGUCAAUAAAAUAAUUACGUCUUAUAUAUUUUUAUAUAGAAAUUUCUCACCGGUCAAUUAUUAAUUUAUUUAUCGCAAUUGUAGCAUUUGUUAUAUUUAUAUAUAUAUUUUGUCUACGACUGUAUACUACGUGAAUAUGGAAGACAAAAUAAAAAUAAAAAUUUGACAGUCAAAUAAAAUUUAAAUGUUCAUAUAAAUUUAUAUAAAAAAAUGGGUAUAGCAAAUUUUUUUGGAUGGAUUUUAUAUAUUUUAAUGUGGGGUAUCAUCAAGUUUAUAAAUAUCGUAGGUUAUAUAUUUGUCUUCUGUUUAUUUACAAUUUUCUUCUUCAUCGUAUUGCCGAUGCUCGUCUUCUUGGCUCUAUGGAGUCUCGGGCUCUUCUGGGACAACAACAAUCGGUAAAAUUGACAUCAUUUAUAUAGAAAACAUAUUUUGUACUCGUUACAAUUAAAUUUUUAACAGGCUCCAAGAAUAAAUAAUAAUAAACAACAGUGAAAGGAUAAAUUAAUCUUAAAUGUUUUCACUUCUCGAUAACCUUGGGCUCAAGGCAACGCAACCGGAUAUAAAUUACUAGUAAAUUAACUUGUAAAAGAAAUAAAAUAAAUUUUUUACUGUAAAUCUGUUCACUGUAAAAAUAUAUGUAUUUUUGUACACGGUA